UACAGACAUCAGAUUUUAGUUUUGUUUAGAAUUUCAAUCAAAAGAAACAUUUGAAUGGAAGCCUAAUUUGUUAACCAAUUUAAUGCCAUGUGUGAGGAGGACAUUCUUUGAAAAGGAAGAAACAAAAUACAAAAACAGGUAUAAAUCUGCCUUCAUGAUUUUAAACUGUAAUUGCAAAAGAAGAGGCGUUACAUAAACCAACACUUUUAUAGUUAAAUAAAAGAUCAUGGAAAAUAUUGCACAGAAAUAAUUUUUACAAGAAUAAAGAAAAAUUAGUUCGAGUGACAAAUGGCACACAACAUACAUUAUUUGACAAUUUUCGUUUGCAUUGUUAAGUUCUUGAAAGGACCAAAAUGUACGAAUGAAGAAAAAUGUAACUGUACAAAAUUACCGAAUUUUAAAGAACUGUUUCACAUGGACUGUUCCAAUAAAGGAUUGACUGAAAUGCCAAUUCCUUCCAUAGACUUUGAAGUUUAUAGCAUUGAUUUAUCUCAAAACAAGUUACGGAACGUUUUAAUUACUGAAAAUUAUUCUAGGACAUUAAAACAAUUGAAUUUAUCUCACAAUGCAUUAAGAAAUCUAUCGAAUAACAGUUUUAACUGGAUUCCAUAUCUUGAAGUGUUAGAUUUGUCAUAUAAUAAUCUCACAUUAUCCAAUACAAGACUUCCCAAUCUGGUAUUCCAAUAUCUGAGUAACCUUAAGGUUCUGAACUUGUCUCACAAUGACGUCAUUGGUACAGACCAUUACAAUGCAGAAGUAUUCCGGCACACUGAAUCUCUGGAGACGCUAGUCAUUGACGGCCUCCGAAAUGGCAACUUUGAUUUUACAAAACAUGACAAAAGGUGUGAUCGUCCACAUAAAGAUACAAGCAUAUAUUUGAAAAAGUUGACAACACUUGUAGUUUCAGGACGUAGAGAGCGCAAAAAAUGUUUGGUAAAACAUCUGUCCGCCGACUUUUUUCAGAGUGUCUUUAAUCUAAAGUAUUUAGACAUGUCUGUUUGCGCAAUCCAAUCAGUGGAUAAAAAAAGUUUGUUGCUGUCAGAGCUACAAUAUUUAGAUUUGUCCUACAACGAACAUUUAUCUUUUAAAUCUUUUCAAAAUUUGUCUAUACCGCAAACUUUGAAAACACUGAAAUUGGACAAAAUUUGUUGCACAUUUGGAAUUGGUACCUACAUCACACAAGAUAUGGCCGAAUUAUUCUGGAAGAGUUCAGUAGAAUAUCUUUCACUUAAAAGCAAUAGACUGGAGACGGCAGUAAGCAAUGGGUUUAAUUAUUUACCUCAAAAUCUAACCCGUUUGGAUGUAUCAGACAACAGACUCACUUUUGGGGCCUAUGGCUUUCCCAUUCCUUUUUUGAAAAAAUUGCAAGUUGUGAAUAUGCAAAAUCAAUUCUAUCCACAUUUUAAUGAAAGGUAUAACAAUUUGGAAGAGUGUAAAGAAGGCUUCGUGUGCUCCUCUCGUCCAGAUGGAAAUAACUCUACCUCUGGUUGGAAUUUUGCGAGUUACCAUUCAAAAGACUUCGUGUUUUACGCACCUCCCAGCCUGGAAACAAUCAAUUACUCUAAUUCUUCACUAAAUACAGUUAUCCGUCAGAUUAAUGUAGACCCGAACAACAAUGUAAAAAACGUCGUUUUAAGUCAUAAUUUUUUUGAAACUCUUGAAGGGCCGAUUUACGGACUACACAAAAUUGAAAAAGUUGAUUUUUCCCAUAAUUAUAUUUCUUAUUUAUCACCAGUUUUCUUUGGAAAUGGUUCAACUUUAAAGAACUUGAUCUUAAAAAACAACUUAUUAGGAAACUGCAUGAGCAAACCUAACUUGACAUAUUUCGGAAACCUCUGGAAUUUAACAUUGUUAGAUCUUUCAUCCAAUAUAAUCCGCUUUGCAGCUCCUGACAUUUUUGAAGGUCUAGAAUCACUGCGGAUAUUGAAUCUUAGUUUUAAUUUACUGCGAAAUGUUUCAUUCAGAAUGCACCAGAUGCCUUCUCUGAGAACAUUAGAUCUUUCUUUUAAUGCACUUUUGCCAUUUUCCGACUCUACAAUUCAAAUUCUGGAAUCGAGACAACAAACUCGUCAACUGGAAAUUAUCCUUUCAGGGAACGAAUUUCAGUGUACGUGCGACUCUCUUAAUUUCCUAAAGUGGAUGCUACGAAACAAAAACACUGUCAUUGUAGAUUAUUCAUACCUUUGUCGAAAUAUGUACCAUGCCAUCGACAACAAUGAUGAGUUGGACAUGGUAAGUAAGAUGCUAGAUAAGAAAUGCGACGAUUACAAAGAAAUCAUUGGUAUUGUAUCUGGACUGUUUAUUGUUUUCUUUGCGUUUAUUAUUGGUGGAAUUAUUCAUCGCUACCGGUGGAAACUUCGCUAUUUCUAUUACAUGUCGAAAUGGAGCGCUACCAUAUCACACAUAUCCUAUGGUAGAGUAUACGACUAUGACGUAUUUGUUUCUUAUGCCGAUGAGGAGAAGGAUUUUGUCAUACAGGAAAUGACGUCAGAGCUAGAGGAAGCGUCAGAUUUGAAACUGUGUCUACAUGAGCGAGAUUUUACACUAGGUUUAUCAAUCGGCGAGAACAUAACCAAGGCAAUAUGUAACAGCAGAAAGGUUUUGUGCGUCGUAACAGAGAACUUUUUGUGCUCUCAGUGGUGUAUGUAUGAACUAGAGAUGGCCCUCACAGACAACAGGUACUCCAGAGUCGAUCAGUCUGUUUUCCUCAUCAUGUAUGGGGGAUUGCCGACCGAUAGCUGUAAAAUUCGUUCAUCGAAACAACUUACCUCAUUAGUAAAGAAGCACGCCUAUCUUGAAUAUCCUAAUGAUGAGAGUGGUAGAGCUGAGUUCUGGAAUUCACUCAAAAUUAAGCUAGGGGAGUAACCGUUUUCAGAGUUUUGGUAAACUUUAUUUAUAAUUUUUGUAAAAUCUAAAAUUGAGUAAUGGCUAAAACCCCGAUCCCCACAUAUAAACUUUGCGGUUUUUACUCUUUGUUUAUGAACAAGAUGUUAACUUUAACAAUCAUUCGAAAGGCUAUUUGUUGACAGGUUGUGUGUGGUUUAACUGAUUUAACUUCGUCAUUAGAUGUAAUGGCAAAUUCAUAAGCAAUUUAAGAAAGGUGCAAAGGUUGCUUAGGUAUUUGUGUAACAAUCGAACCACUCAACAAACCAUGGCAUAUUUGAGAAGCUUGGUAACCCCUGAAAAUAUAUUUUGCGUUGACGUGUGUGAGAACAGAUAUUUGGCACUUCUUUUAACAGUAAAUGAUGUGUUUUUCUGUGGAUUUUCGAGAUCAUCAAACUUUGCAGACUAACCUCUACACUAUGACAUUAUACAGAUGUUUUGUAAUAACUGAUUUAUAUUAAUAAAA